CCCAAGACCAAAAGCUUUUGCGAGGCAGGACAGGGCACCUGAUGGCUGUUUGCCUUGUUUCUUAGCGAUUUCGAAGUACCCGAUGCGAAACGCGAUCGCUUUCUACGCCUGCGCGGCAUCCGCAUGGCUGCCGCCCACACCCCUGCAUUGUACUCGCACGCGCGCACGCCCUGCAGCACAAAGCGAUGAUGAUAAAGUCGCUGCGGCAGAGGACGAGUCGAUCGGUCGCCGCCGCUUCGUUGAGGUGCUUGACAUAGAGCCGCGGAAGCCCAGCGCAACGGAGGCGAACCGGCGCUGGGACGCUUCCUUCCCGACGUGGCUCGUGUCGCUCGCGCUGCUGGGGCCAUUGGAAUGGCUGAUUAUUGCCCCGGUGCUCGGCUUUCUACCGGCCAAGGACAUGUCCCCGGACGUCAUACGAGGCGUUCUCGCGACCGUGGCGUUGUUUUUUGUGGUCCGGGACACGGACGAGACGCCUCUAAGAGCGGCCGUGGCGCUGCCGCUGAGCCCGCUGCGCCUUACUAUUGACGACGAGCAAUUACCUGUGCGGGUCGCGCGGCGCUACGACGAAGACAGCGUGACGGCAUUUGCGGCGCGGGGUGCGCUCGGAGCGACGUACGUCGUGAUGUCCAAUUUAUACGCGCACGGCAUCGCGCAGCCGUACGUGCGUGACGCGUUCGUGAGGCUCGCGUCGGCCGCCGCUUUGACGCCGGAAGAAUUAUAUGGCGAUCCCGAGCGGGUAUUGUGGCCGCUCGUCGGCGCGGGCCUCCAGGGCGCCCUUUUGUUCGCGCCGCUCGUCGCGGCGGUGCUCGCAGCAGGAAGCAGCUACGCCGUCGAGCAGGCGAUCAUCGCGCCGUGGCGGCCCGCGGCGCCGUCCGAGACGGAAAUAGAGGAGGCGUGCGCGAGGGCGGAGAAAUACUUCCAGGUCACGGCACCGCCCGAGCGAGCGGGGCCACGAGCCGAGGCAUUUCGAGAAGCGGCGGACCGAUGGCGCGACGACCGCCGCGCCGACGAGCGGAGGGACUACUACCGCGCCGCGGCGACGGCCGGCUCCGCGGCCGUCGCCGGCACGUGGCUCGCACCCUGCCUGGCGCAACUCUUCGCGUUCGGCCUCGCGGUGGUCCGCGACCGCAAGGGAGGGUCGUCACAGGGGCUAGAAACGACGUAAUGAGUAUGUACAUUAGCUAUG